AUGGGAAGCGCAUCACGCGCUGGUGGGGCGCGAAAGAAUGCCGAGGCCGUAUCGGAUGCCUACAGCCUCACACAGAGCCUCGUGCAGGAACACCACGAAACGGUCCUUGCGCUGCAUGCAGAAAUGCUUGCCCAGGCCCCUGCCCAACUCCAAGAGCUUCGCUCGUGCUCAGACGAAGACCUAGAGCUGGUCCAUGCCUUCCUUGACGAUCCUAUCCUCAUCUUCCGCUUUUACCGCCGCGCAGGCUUUGAUGCAGAGCACACGCGGUCCAUGCUGCUCAAGACGCUGCAAUGGCGUUUGGAAGGCGGUAUCGAUGCUUUGGCGCACGACUUGCUGCAUUCCACUUACAUGCGGUCUACACGCAAUCAUAUCCCCCUGUUCUGGAUGCAUACGCGCUUCCGCGAUCGACUUGGUCGACCGUGCUUGUACGUGCGUCUGCAGCAUGUCGAGCGCACAGACGAAGGCCUUCGUGAGCUCAAGACGACUGUGAUUGGCAUCUUUGAGGUUAUGCGCCGAUACCUCUUGCACAUCAACCGACGAUCCAAACGCGGUGAUCCUGUUGUGCAAUGCGUUACCCUCAUCGACGUCGCCGAGUCGGGACUGUCCAAUAUGGAGCUGGAAAUGCUACCGUUCUUUGUCGACUUGCUCAAGAACCAUUACCCAGGCAUGUCCGGCGCAGUGUAUGUGCUGCGGUACUCGUGGCUUCACGCAGGUCUAUGGCGUAUGGUUCGCCCUGUCCUACCACCCAAGCUCCUUGCCCGUCUCUUCUUUGUCGAUGUCCAAGAACUCCUGGCCCACUUUGAUCAUGCCAUUCCACAAACGCUGGGUGGGCCUUUGCAUGUUGACAUCACGACAGACUCGAGCGAUGUCUUCCAUUACUUUACACGUGCAGCUGCCUGGCGACGAGAAAGCACAUCCAACUCUGAGCAUAGCCACGACUUGUCUCUUCCGCGGCCUCGUCAUCAUGACUACGGCUCUAUGUACGACGUCAUGUCCAAAGCAGGCUCACCUUAUGCCUUUCUCACUCCCCGCACAUCCGUGCCAGCCACGCCCCGUUCGCGUGGCAUGAAGGGGCAGCCGAUGCUGCAGCUCCAUGACCUGCCUACCUCGCCCGACGCCUACCGACCACGCUCGUUUGAAGAUCGGCGGUCCUCCACGUCGCAGACCUUUUCGACUCUGUGGGAGCGGUGGUCACAGUGGCUCUGGCGCACAUCCGCCCCACCACAUCAUCCAGAUAUUGAUCCGCAAGCGUGGCCAGCCGAGCCCCGCAUCGUGAAAUCGCCCACGCGCAGUGAGCAGAACCCCUUGCCUGUCUCAGACGCCACGUCAGCCGCGGUGACCGCGGCUGCUACGCCGUCCAUCACGACCCAACCUCCCUUGCCCAAGAUCAACGAGGACGGCGCACCCUCGAAGGACCCUGCCGCCACCGCGGGCGUCUACAAACCGACCUACGUGUCUGACAAGAACACGGCCGUGAUGCGGUACCUCUCCUGGCGCGCCCACAAAUAUGCCGAAAUGGACGGCCACGUAUCGCCAUACAACAUCGAGAACCCCUUCUUUGGAUACCCAGCUGCCUAUGUUGAUGGCGAUAACGAAGCGAGCUCAUCUGCACGGCCCACUGGCUUCUCACGCGAUCUGCAUGUCCGCCGCCGCAAACGCGAUCUCGUGCGGACAUUGUCCUAUUUAUUUGUUCUGCGCCUCAUUCACUUAUACCGCACCCUGCGUCGGCAUGCACGGACCGUCGUAUGGGGCAUGCUUGGCCCUCGUCAGGCGUGGGCCUCGCUGUGGAAUACCUCACGACGCCGCGAGCUCUGGGGCCGGUGGUGGGCGCGUCGUUUAGGCUCUAGCGCUAUGCUGAUCAUCCUGGCUGUUUGGUUGACAUACACGCAGCGUGUACGGCCUCCUGCGUCGCUAUUAUGGAGGCGCACACCCAUACCAUAG